UCUGCUUUGUUGUGAGCGUCGAUGCUGUGACUUUCAGCGAAGUCAGCUGCUAUUGUGCAAGGCAUUGCGAGGACUUUUUUUUUCAUCGCACUCACUGGACAUUAAAUGCUGUCAACUUGUUUUCAGCUCAGUUUGACGUCUUUUCGCCGGGUGGAAAUCUCAGGCGACAGAAGUCUGGACCUCCUGUAUAUAAACAAAACGCAGCAAGCUGCUUCUUAAGGUGGCACAGCUCUAAAGGGGCUACAGCCGUCGGCUUCCAGUUUGUCAAGUUAGCUAACUUCGUGUUAGUCGCUUUGCCCGUGAUGGAAAUAAACGUGCAGCUCUGCUAGGAGUUAAAACUCCCUACAGGGAACCGUGCGAACAUGAGAGAAGAGGACAAUUUGCUGUUGGGAAGCCAGUCGAUGGCAAGCGAAAGAGGGGGUGAACGUUCCUGCAGCAGCCCCCACUUGACUCGGGAGAAAAGACUGUCCAACGCGGAGGGCGACCUGAGGCUCCCUGGCUAUUGGUCCAGGUCUUAGUUGGAGAAAUUCGGACUUUCGAUAUGGAGACGGUGGGGAAAUUUGAGUUCAGUCGGAAGGACCUGAUAGGACAUGGCGCAUUUGCUGUUGUUUUCAAAGGCAGACAUCAGGAGAAACUUGACUGGGAGGUGGCAGUAAAAUGCAUAAACAAGAAGAACUUGGCCAAAUCUCAGACGCUGCUGGGGAAGGAGAUCAAAAUACUGAAGGAACUGAAACAUGAGAACAUUGUUGCAUUACUGGACUUUCAGGAAACUGCCAGCUCAGUGUACCUGGUAAUGGAGUAUUGCAAUGGCGGAGAUCUCGCUGACUACUUACACUCCAAAGGCACACUGAGCGAGGACACUAUUCGGGUUUUCCUGCAACAAAUUGCAGGGGCCAUGAAAGUCCUGCAGACCAAAGGAAUAAUUCAUCGGGACCUCAAACCCCAGAACAUUCUGCUCUCCUACACACCGGGCCGAAAGUCUCACUCCAACAACACCUGCAUCAAGAUCGCGGACUUUGGCUUUGCCAGAUACCUUCAGAACAACAUGAUGGCAGCUACACUUUGUGGCUCUCCCAUGUACAUGGCUCCUGAAGUUAUUAUGUCCCAGAACUAUGAUGCCAAGGCUGACUUGUGGAGUAUAGGAACCAUCGUAUUUCAGUGUCUGACUGGUAAAGCUCCUUUUCAGGCCAGCAGUCCCCAGGACCUCCGGCUGUUCUAUGAGAAAAACAAGAAUCUGAGUCCCAACAUCCCCAGAGAGACUUCCAGCCAUCUGAGGAACCUGCUGCUUGGUCUGCUGCAACGCAACCAUAAGGAUCGUAUGGACUUUGAUGAGUUUUUUACCCAUCCUUUCUUGGAUGCAAGCUCAUCCAUUAAAAAGUCCAUCCCUACAGUGACCAUGACCUGUUUGCCCAGUUCGGCAUCAGUCAGCUCUUGUAGCAGCUCUUCCACUUCUCACCUUGCUUCACCACCGCAGUCUUUAGCUGAAACUCAGCAUCUGCGUGCCAAAGUUCUGGCCUCCCCGACGCAAGAAGCUGCAGGAUUUCUCCUAAAGGACUCGUCUGGAGCAGGCGGCAGCAGCAAAAACUCCUCCUCUUGCGAUACAGAUGAUUUUGUCAUGGUGCCUGCUCAUUUUACAACAGGUGAACUGACUUGUGAGAGUAAAGUGCUGCAGGACAGUUUGAUGAAUAGUGGCUCUCUUUUGGCUUCAACUGGUCUGUGUAACCAAGCGAAAACACCACCACACUCUCCUUCUUACAGUGGAUCUCCAAGUCCUGUCAGGCCCACCGAGUUCCCUGUCAGUAAUUAUGGUAGCUGUGGAAGCCAUGUUCACUCAGUGCCUAUCCCAGUCCCCUCUCAGGUCCAGAACUACCAUCGCCUGGAGCUGAACCUUCAGUCUACCAAGCAGGAUGGCUCUCCACGGUUGUCGACAGCGGUGUGUCGUGGCAGCAGUGGAAGUCUGGUGAGCCAUGCAAGAGCAGGACCUUCGGCCCCAUGGCAGGGAGCGGUCCCCUCCUCCCGUAGGCUUUCACUGGGAGGGACCAGAACAAUCCAGAUUUCUCCUCAAGGCCCUCAGGACGUUGAGUCGAGGCAGACCUCUCAGCAGCAGCCACAGGCACCAGGGCUCGGCACACGGCUUCACAGUGCCCCCUGUCUGUUGGAUUGCGCGACUGGCAGCAGCAGACAGAAAAUCAAGAAGCAGCAUUCAGACCCUGUCGCUGUCCCUCCGUCUGGGCUGAUGACCAUCCGGCCGCUCCACUCUUCCCCCAGACUCAGUGAGCUGAUGCAGCGUAACCCUCUGCCGACCAUCCUGGGAUCCCCGUCCAGGGCUAUCCCUCCUUUUGAGUUCCCAAAGCCGCCAAGUUCUCCAAACAUUGUGACGUUCCUGACUCAGAAGGGUUUGGUUGUUGGUUCGCCUGCCAGUAGGACUGCCCCAGGAGAGCUCAGAGACCUGGGGCAACAAGCGCUGGCGCCGUCCGCCCACCCAGCCUACUGCGUCCACAGAGUGAACGAUGAUGGCAGGAGCUUUGGAAGGUCACAGAGUGCCGGCCGUCUGUCUGACAUGCUGCUAAUGGCUGCGUUUGGAGCAGGACAUGCAGGAGAACGAGGCAGCAUGGAGAACCUGGCCUCAGAAAAAGCCAUAGACAUAACAGCUCCUCCUGGUAGUGGCUUUGCACCUGGUUCUUGCAGCCCUGCACAGGUGGUUUUUACUGUUGGCUCUCCCCCCAGCGGCAGUACCCCACCUCAGACCUCCAGACACAGGAAAUGUUCAGGCUCCUUCAGUUCAGGCAGUCCUCCAGGCUCGUUGACCAGUCGCUACCCUCAUACAGGCAACUUUCCCGAAGGGUUUGAGGCCCCGCCCAGCCCUCGCUACAGUUUCACUGAUCCCAUCACCGCUAACAUGGGUGGCGCUGUGACCUUUGAGGCCCCUGAGCUGCCUGAGGAGACGCUGAUGGAGCAAGAGCACACAGACACGGUGCAGCGCCUGCGUUUCACUUUGGAGUUUGUCCUCUGUCUGAUGGAGGUGGCAAGCACUCGCGGGGCAGUCACAGCGGGGGGACAGGGAGACGGCUCUCACCGCGUUGUCCUUCAGCAGCAGAGCCUGGUGGCAGAUCAGAUAAGCUCACUGAGCCGAGAGUGGAGUCACGCGGAACAGUUGGUUCUCUACCUUAAAACCGCAGAACUAUUGUCUACUGCCUUACAUACGGCCAUGGAGCGAGUUAAACAGGGCAAACUCUACCCCUCUGCUACUGUCAAACAAGUGGUGAGGCGGCUGAAUGAGCUGUACAAGUCCAGCGUGGCAUCUUGCCGCUCUCUCAGCACUCAUCUGGAACAUUUCUUCUCCAGGAAGCAUCGUCUAAUGGACCAAAUCAGCUCUAUCACAGCUGAGCGUCUGCUCUUUAGCCACACAGUGCAGAUGGUUCAGGCUACUGCGCUGGAUGAGAUGUUCCACCAGGGGGAAGCAUCGAUCCUGCGUUACCACAAAGCUCUUCUGCUAAUGGAGGGCCUGUCUCUGCUCCUCACUGAACAGGAUGACAUCCUUAGUGUUAGCAAAUGCAAGGAGUGCAUUGAACGCCGCCUCACAGCUCUGCAGUCGGGUCUCUGUGUUUGACAUGUGAAGCCGUGCAACCCUCCAUUUGCACUCUGACACAUAACUAACCAAAUCUCCACCCACAUUUCACGGUUUCACAUAGAAAUGCUUUCGUUUUCACAAGAAAACCACAAAGUUUACUCAGACACUGGAGGGUUUUGCACAUGGAAGAUCUUUCAGUUUUCAGGGUUGGACUGUGACAGAAACAUCUCUUCUCUGGAGGUUGGACCAGUAAUGGACAUAGGGAGGACUCUGCUGCUGAAAAUGGAAAUGCCAAGAAAAAGAUUUGCACCUAGUUACUGUUGGUCUAAUAAGAAGGAGCAGUUUUUGCCAAGAAGUCACAUUCCUUCAUGUUGUGCUUAUCUAGCAUAAGAAAACAGCUUUUUAGGAUUCAUUCUAAAAAGCAGUGGGAAGAGAAGAUUAAUUCAGUAGAAGCUGCACAGUGGGUGACACGUUCCGAUACGGACUCCCUGUGUCUAAAUAUUCCCAUAAUGUGUUUUUUUGGCUUAUAUUUCUAAUUUCCCCAAACAUUUGUUCUGUGUCCUCUCUGAUUCUUUAAUACUUUUUGUCAGAAAGUAUACAUUUAUAAAGCAUAGUGAAAUUUAAUCUGCAGUAGUACAUAGAAGCACUAUUACAAAACCACAAGCAAAUUAUGUUAGAAAGACUUUUGAAGUAGAUUCAAUAUCUGUUUUGAUAAAAACAAAAGAAAAACAUAAAUGAAUAAGAAUUUGCUCAUUCAUUAUGUGCUUAAAAUUAUAAGGUCACAACCUGCCUUUCACACUACAAGAUUCAGUAUGAGUCUUUAUCUGUUGUGCGUCAUUGUCUCUUGGUUAUCUCAUCUUCCUCUUGGCAUUAGUCCACAUGUUCGCUGUUUAGUUUAGGUCAGGUGAUUUUGCUUGCUAACCAAUAACACAGUGAUUAAAAAUGGACUGACAAUUUCUUCCUUCUAUGCUGUGAGCAGCUAACUUUAUCUUUAAAAAUCUGCUUAUUUUGCUCACACGCCAUCUGUAUGAGUUAACUAAAUAAGUUUAUCUUAACAAAGAUAAAUGCUUGAACAAUAUCACAUUGUACAAAUGUGUUGAAAAUAUGACUUUAUCCAAAUUAAGUUUACUGAAAUGACUUUUUAGUAACAUUCAAAUUUCUUGAGCUGCACCUAUGUUCAUCUGACACUCGUAGGCUUUCACACUUACUGCUGGUAUGUCCUGCAAUUAAUUUCCAGACUUUGUCACUGGGAUUUUUUGCAUUUUAUCUCUCAAUCUUGUGGGUGUUCAGCGAGUUUAGUCAAAUAUGAAUGUAGGGGUGUCAGGAAAGAAGCAGCAUUAAAAUCAGGCCAAAUGUUGAAGGGGGGAAGUCAACAUUUAAGCUGAUCUUAAGGGCUGAAUGUUUUUGCACUGUUGACGUACUGUAUAGAUAGAGAAGUAUGCUAAAAGUGUGCAGUUUGUGUAGCCAUGCUCAUUUAGAGACUUCUGCUUAUUCAUUUGAGUGUAGUUUUAGUUGCUUUUGCAUUUACCUUCAUAAAUUGUGUAUGUUUUGAUGUUAAAGAGUGUUGAGAAGGAAGUUGUAUAAGCUAGUUUUCUAGAAGAUGAAAGAAAAAAAAUUCACACUGAAAAAAAUGUUGCAGUUCUUGUUUUGUGUUUUAUUUUAACAGUUAUUGUUUGGUUUGGGUUUUUUUAAGGCUAUAUGUCAUUUUAUACUUGCUUGAUUAAUUUUAAUUGUGGCUUUUUCACAUGUUCCCCAAAACAUUUUUUACUCUUCUAAAUUUGAUUUUUGAAAGUUUAAAUCCUACAUUAGUUUUUUUUUUUUUUUUUUUUUUUUUAUGGGCUGUGUGCAUGCAAGUGUGAACUGGUAAGCCUCAUAGUUAACACGUUAACAUGAGAGGAACACGUUAAGCUCAGAACUUGCUGCAUAGAUCUGCUCUUGUGAGAAGCAGAACACGUUACUCUGGUGUAACUGACAUCGAAACCCACCACUACCUUAUUUUACUCAAGAUGUCAUUCCUUCUGCUGCUCAAGGCAGAAAUUGAGUCCAUAUUUUAUAUAAUAAUGUUUGCGUGCGAUUUUGGCUCAAGAGGCUGUGCUGAGACGCCUUUGUAGCUUUGCAAUCAGCAGGACAAACUGGAGAGAUAAUUUAUCUGAACAGACAUUUUCUGUGUUUACUUUGUUGCCUUUCAUGUUGUGUCCUAAAUGAUGUCUUUGUCUCCAAGUAUACAUUCCGAAUAUUAAUUAAUUCCUCCUCAGACGUUUUGUCAUUACACUUGCUGUGCUGUCCUUCAAGAAAUCAGAUGAUAGAAAAAACUGAUGCAUGUGUCACUUUUUAUUUUUCCAUACAAUCUUUAUUCUGAUUAGUGAAAGCAAUGCCCUUUGAUUAUAACCAUCAUGUUGAUUUUAUUUCAGUUUGUUCCUUUUCCAUAUUUUCUAACAUACCGGGAUGUUUCCAUUUUAGGUUUUUUCCCUUUCACUAUUUCGAUGUUGCCUUUUAUAUGUCGUGAAUUAAGUUAUUGUAUAUUCAACUCUGGGAAGUUGAUGGGCCACCCGAACAUUCCCAAAGACUAUUAAACUUUUUGCUUGAUCUUCCAUAUUCUCUCUCUUGCUGUUGCAAAAGCAGUUUUAUUGUUUUCAUAUCCAUAAUAGACUUGCUAUCUCCUGUACCCCUGCUGGUAAUGUAAUCUUUACUGUUUGGGGAGCAUUGUCAUGAAUAAAGUGAAAGGAAAUUUC